AUGAAAGGACCGAAGAAAUCCUGGCUGGGACCUGCUGUUCCGAACCGCCCCAAACAUGCAGUGAUGGCUUUCAAAAGCUGUAGCUUCAAGCUACUGUGUGCAGCAUUUACUUUCGGGUUACUUGGCAUGUCGAGAGGACUGGACGAGGGCCUCAUUUCGACCACUGUUGCACAAAACUCCUUUAUUCAAGAAUUCGACAUCCGUGCCAGUUACCUUGACUCUUCGCAGCAGGCCAACCGACUAUCCAACAUCACCUCGAUGGUCCAUAUCGGCAGCAUACCCGGCGCAUUGAUUGCUUUCAUUCUCUGCGAGAGAAUUGGCCUACUCUGGUCCAUGCGGCAGCUCUGUGUGCUUUGGCUGGCUGGGGUGGUUAUUGUGAUUACCUCCACCGGGAACUUGGGACAGUUAUACGCAGGUCGAUUCAUCAUGGGACUCGGCAUCGGACAGGCCGGUGUCGUUGCACCAACCUAUCUGGCGGAGAUCGCUCCUGCCCAUGCGCGAGGGAUGCUGGUCAGCAUGUUUGCCAUGUCGGAAUAUAUUGGGAUCAUGAUUGGUUAUUUCUCUGCCUGGGGUGCUUCCUUGCAUAUCCCAAGUACGAGUGCCAGGCAAUGGAUUAUUCCACAGAGUGUGCAGAUCAUAGUUGCUGGCAUAUUGUUUCUGUCUUCGUUUCUGUGCGAAGAAAGUCCAAGGUAUCUGGGAAAGAUCGGAGAUUGGGAAAAAGCGAAACAGGCCCUAGGUGGCUUGUGGAGUCUGCCCGCUGAGCACCCCGAUGUGGUGGCCGAAAUCCAAGGUAUUAGGAUGCAGCUCAGCUCAGACUAUGAUCAAAGUAUGAGCAAGUCGUGGAUCAAAACAGUGAAAGAACUUUUGACGGUCAAGGAAAACCAAAGAAGAAUGUGUUUAGUGAUCUUGGCGCAGAUCCUGGCGCAGUGGUCUGGGGCGAACUCUCUCACCACAUAUGCGCCCGAGCUUUUCUCACUCUUUGGUAUUGGUGGUCAAUCGGAGAAAUUAUUCGUCACUGCUGUUUUCGGCGCGGUUAAGUUCAUCGCGUCUCUCCUCUGCGCUAUCCUCCUGAUCGACCACAUUGGACGCAAGCGAUCUUUGAUAUCAGGUAUACUUAUACAGCAAGUCGCCAUGUUGUAUAUCGCCAUCUUUCUCACCGUGAGGUCUGCUUCCGUCGACGAGGAAUCGGAAUCUAUGAAAAGAGCAGCCAUCGCUGCUAUUGUGUUCAUGUACUUUGUUGGAAUUGGUUGGGCGAUGGGAUGGAAUUCGAUUCAAUAUCUCAUCAAUGCAGAGAUAUUCCCGCUGCAGGUCCGGUCUACAGGAUCCAGUCUCUUGAUGACUUUCCACUACGCCAAUCGAUAUGGUCUUUCAAAGGCCGUCCCAUCAAUGCUGCUCGAAGAUGCGCUACAGCCAAAGGGCACCUUCUGGUUUUUCUCUGUUAUGACUUUCUUUGGUUUGCUGUGGACGUGGUUUUUGCUUCCUGAGACUGCUGGACGGAGUUUGGAAGAGACAAAUGCUCUUUUCUCCUGA